CUCCCAAAAAGUUGGGUUGUUGGUUGAAUUUUGGCUUGUUGGGAAAGUCAAGCCAAUGGUUUUGUUUUUAUUGUUCACACAAUUUUCUUGUUGUCAUUUACCACACAUUUCCAUGUUUGAGUUUUUUCAGGUACGGUAUGCCUCUUAAAAGUGUUUUAACAGGUAAGUCUGACAGAUGCAGAGAUCAUUCAUUCAUCCCAAUGCGAAUGCAAGGCCGGAAAUGGCCACUGCAACCACAUCAUAGGCCUGUUGUACAUGGUGUGCCAUUUCCAAAAGCUGGGGCUGCAGUCUGUGCCGGCAGUGCAUAGUAAAACCUCCCUACCACAGACCUGGCAUGUACCAUCCAGGACUGAGGGGCUGACACCCAAACCAGUUGAUUCGCUAAACAUCAGUAAAGUAAAGCCUGUGCAGCAGCCCACCAAGAGGAGACGGGUGUCUGAGGGUCUCGUGCCCAAGGUAUACUGCCCAGUACCAACACCUAUACCUUGGGCACCUUUCACAGCAUCCCUUCUGGAGCAGUUACAAUCAAUCAAAUCCAAUGCACAAAUCACAAAGGUUCUACCGCAGUCCCAAAACACGCCAACUGUGAGCACUAAGUUUGGUCCUGUACCCCUUGGCUCUCCCAUAUCCUACCAGCAGAGGCUGGAACUAAAGGAUGGUGACAUUAUUAAACAUCCAAGUCACCCCACAUUUCCCACAUUUGCACUACCCCCAUUAGAGUCCACAUUCUCAUAUGUGCUAAGACAGGCAGAGCAAGAAAUGUUCCUAGGUUUGCAUGUUACAGAGGAACAAGCUCUGGAAGUAGAGGUCAACACCAGGGAACAGAGUCACAGCAAACUGUGGCAUGAUGUGAGGAAAAACAGGAUAACUUCUUCAGUAUUUAAACAGGUGUGUUCUAGACAAGGGGAUCAUGACAGCCUUGCACUAAGAUUACUGACUAGUAAGGGCAUACAGACAUCUGCCAUGAAAUUUGGCAUUGAGCAUGAGCCAGAAGCUGCCAAAUUGUAUUCUGAAGUCACUGGCAACAAUGUCUACCUGUCUGGGUUUGUGAUCAACCCAUCUGCCCCACACCUGGGAGCAUCACCUGAUAGGAAAGUGUAUGACCCAAAUUCUGAAACCCCUCAUGGCCUAUUAGAAAUAAAGUGCCCUGACAAAGACUCAUUCUAUUCAUGCCCCUACUUAAAGAAGCAAAACAAUGGCACCUACAAACUAAAAUCCACCCACAGUUACUACUACCAGGUGAUGGGGCAGAUGGGCCUGACAGGGGAGAAGUGGUGCGACUUUCUGGUGAAGUGUAGGGACGACUAUCAUUUGGAGCGUAUUGCAUUUAACGAAGAUCUGUGGUGCUCUAUGAAAACUGCCCUAGAUAGUUUCUUCUUCCUGUUCCAUCUGCCACAGAUGUGCAAAAACUAACAUGUCAAUCAAAAUCUGAAGUUAACAAAAAUCUGAAGAUGAAUUAGAUAAGAUAUAUCCCUUCAGAAAGAGAAAAAUAUGUUUUAAACUAUGGAAAUGUAAUCUAUCUAAUUUGCAAUAUAUAACUUGCAAUGCUCACUUCUAUGUA